CAUCUUCUCGUGUUUGUCACGACGAUGGGAACCGGUUUCGGAUCGAAUAUUUUGCCAGUCUAGAUGCCUUCAGAAUGCGCCCUGUCGUUCCCGAGUUCUCCCCUUCCCCUCCUCGCAAGCUCUCAUCCGCCGAUCCACCUGCUCCAUCAUGGUCAGACGGAUCUAGUGUUCCGACCUCUUUUUUCCUAGCUCGAGAGCCGAAUGAUGAUGACAUGGCUGCUUCAAGAGACAGUACUUACGGAGUUCAGAGCUUAGAAGACACUAUUCAUACUGCAGAUAUAUCUUGUUCCUUCAAGGAUGAGUCUUAUCGUCGCGAUGUCAAUGACGAACAUGCCGAUCCAACGCUCAAGCGUAGAACAACUCUCAAGCCAUCGGACCUUCUCCAUCAUAUCGACCGGCUGGACACGCCAUUGUCCAAAGCCAUUUCUAGAGCCUCACCAGUUCCUUCACGUCCUCUGACUCCGUUCAAUCUGAACGACGAUCCAUCUUCCAUGCCGAGUAGUCCAAAGUCAAUAUCCAGUCGGUCCUUCAAGCCACUUGAUGACAUAUCCAUCACAGACGAAAUCAAUAGCCAGGCUCUGGUAUCGGGUGGUGAAGAAGAAGACGCUCCGGAGAUGAGUGAACAUACUCAUCAUGGAGUAAGCGACAGCUCUUCGCAACUGAUCAUGCCGAGUAUUCGAAUGCCAAGCCGGCGUCCGUUUACCGAAAGAGGAAAGAAUAUUGGUCGUUUCAAGAUUCUCGUAGCCGGAUCAAAAGGUUCUGGGAAAUCGUCAUUGAUCAAGUCAAUCGUCCAGGCAUGUGAAGAUAUCGUGCAUGUUGAUCCUGGGAGUUCGAAUUCAACGGAAUCCGGUCGCCCUCGUUCAAGGACGAAUUCGAAAAAGUCGAAUGCGGCAAUGAUCUCGGAAAUUCAUGCAAGUACCAAACCAUACCCUCCAUGGUGGUCCGAUCUCGAGGAUUCGCGUAUCCUCAAGCGACGGAAAAAUAAUGGAGAAGUUGUGCUGGAACGCAAUUUAUGUUUCGUCGAUACUUCGGCUUCACAUAAUAGUAAAACGAACUCUGAUCAAACUACAGAGGCCAUAAUACAGUAUAUGAGACAGCAGUUGUCCCGUGCCAUUGCUUCUGUCAGCCAUCCCAGCUCCGAUCUCCAAAAUAUGCUCGGUGGGAACGGUGGGUCCCAAGUCGAUUUAAUCCUUUAUCUUAUCUCCGAAGAUACCCUCCCAUGUGAUAUCGAAUGCAUCCGUAAAUUAUCCGAUUUCAGCAACGUCAUCCCUCUGAUAUCAAAAGCCGAUUUGCUAUCAGCCUCUCAGAUAGCCUCUUUGAAGAGCUCUUUCCAUAUUCAAAUCGCACAACAUGGUGUGCGGUUGUUCUCCUUCGACGACGUAACUGUGACAGAUGGUGGACAGCCUCAGUUACCGUUUGCUGUCUCUUCGGCGCAGUCAAGUGAUGAUGAUAACAUGGACGCCAGUGUGCUAAUGAGUCCAGAUUAUGUCCCGCCUCUGGUCGCAUCUGAAAUCGGCCAUUUGAUUGAAAAGGUUUUCGACAGUGACAAUAUGUCUUGGCUCCGUCAUAGUGCAGCUAAAAAGUUGACACGGAGCACUAAUAUACUUGCUCCAAAUAUUUCCGAUAUGGCUCUUUCACGUCGGCAGUCGAGGAGCCGUGGCGGCCCUACGACAUGUUCUAACCCCGCCUCCAACAAUGCGGCUGUCCCUCCCAUUAGUAAUUUUGGCGGAACACCCAAUUAUGCUUUGGCACGAGUGAAUGAUUAUACUCAGCAUGAAGAAAAACUAGCUCAAGUACGGUUAGCAAAAUGGGCUGCCGAUCUACAGCAGAGUCUACAAAACGAACGCGAAAGAUACGCUGCACUUGCGCGAGGAGAACGAGCAGCUUGGCUAACCGAACGUAUUGGGGAAUGCCUGAUUGAUGGUACACUUGUUCCGAUUCACCAAACACCUGGAUUUCCGCAAUGGGAUGUAAACACCGACAAAGAUUCGGGUGCAAUCGUGGUACGGACAUCCAACGGUCAGACUGCAAGAUACCGCCUCACCAAGCUCGACCCUGAGGAUCCCUUGGGGUUGGUUCGAUGGAAUGAUGACCUUCGUCGGCGUGGUUGGAUGAUUGUGCAAGUAGUCGGUAGUCUUGGAGUAGUGGGUGGUCUGGCACUCUGGCUAGCCAAGUUUUGGGGACUCCCUGCGCAGAGUCUUUCUGAGUGGCACUUUCAUUGGAUUGAUCCGCAAGAUUAGGGCAGUCAUUCAGACACAAGCUUCUCCGCUUAUGAGAGGCCGGGCAUAACAGGGACCUUGGUGGAGAUCAGUUCGCUGACUGGCAGAAACAAACCACUGCCAUCGAGCUCAAGUUUGAUUGUCUCACUUUCCUGUCAGACCUGGAAAGGUCUUCUCGCUAAGCUUGACCAUGAUGAGCAGGAAGAUAUAAAGCCACUAUUUCCAGCCUAGUCACUACUCCAAGUAUAGUUCAACUUUUAGAAAAAUACACCACCAGGAAACGAAUACGUGAAGAUAUAAGGAAACUAAAGUAUCUGUGCCCUCAACAAGAAACUAAACGCCCAUUCACGACUUUUAUCUCUUGCUCAGAUCGCAUCAGAUGUUCCACCGUUGCCACGCCAAACAAUCUGCAGAGCCCGGGCUUGGCGCUAAGAAAAACCCAUUUAACCCUUUUCGGAAUCGACUAGGUGCUUAGCUUCCUGAGCUGCCCAGGCAACGCCACCCCUCUAUUUUGGUCUGUUGACCGCCAUGUUGUUCAGACUGUCUAUCCUGCAUCUGCUUACCUUACGGUGUCAAAAACCCAGGAUACUUUAUCCAUGAUACGUUCCUCAUUCUUCUAGAUUGGCCAGCCAUGCAGAAUCUUUCCUUGCUAGAUCUCUGCUAUUCUGAUUGGUUCCGGAUGAUUAUGUGGGGCGGAUUGGUAACCUAAAAAUUAAGGCAGACCUGAGGCUGUAGAUUGAUCUGUCUUUUAUCCC